UUAUCCUGAAUAAGGUAAAUCUGAUAAUUUUUGAAUAAUGAUAGAAUAUUAAAUGUAAAAUUAAUGGCAAGUAACAGUCGAGAGACUUCUGGAAAUACACUGUGAAAAACAUCAAGUAUUAUUUUCAAGAACAGCAGAAAGCUAGAAGAGUGGUACCUGCAGCCACAGAAGAUCAGAAGACUCAGUGACCUAAGUCUGUCCCAUUCCUGAAGAUGUCAAUGAAUAAUUCUCCAAAUGUAUUCUUGGAUCCAAAUGCAAAUCGGUUUCAAGUUAACAUAAUUAAUGAAAGCCAUGACAACAAUGAAGCAUCCCAAGAGGACGUGGGCUCUGACCCACCACAUUAUGAAGAAACAUCUUUUACUGAGGAAGCACACAACAGGCUGAGAAUCAGUUACAGACUGGGAAAAAGAGAAUUAUAUGACAAUUUUCUUCAAAAUGGGGAGAAAACAGAAGCCAGUUUACACCCCUGUGAUACUCACCAUAAAAUGUACUAUCUACAAACUUUUGGCCAUAACACCAUGGAUCCAGUUCCUAAAAUUGAUUAUUAUCGAAACACUGGCAGCGUCAGUGGGAAUAAGCUCAACAGACCAAGCUUAUUAGAAAUUCAUGAACAACUGGCAAAGAACAUAGCUGUGAGCACUGGCUCAGUGGAGAGGGUGGCUAAUGGAGAAAGCACUGCUGGAGAUGAGGCAGCAGCCAGCAAGGAAGAAGAAAAGAAAACAGGAUUUGUCAAGUUUGGAUGGGUGAAGGGUGUGCUGGUAAGAUGCAUGCUCAAUAUCUGGGGUGUGAUGCUUUUUAUUCGACUUUCCUGGAUUGUAGGUCAAGCAGGAAUUGGUCUUGGAGUAAUCAUAAUUCUCCUCGCCACGAUGGUAACCUCAAUUACUGGGCUGUCAACUUCUGCAAUAGCAACUAAUGGGUUUGUCCGUGGAGGUCUUGGAAUCAUAGUUAUUGCUCUGAGCGUAGUAGUAACAACUUUAACAGGUAUCUCCAUGUCUGCCAUUUGCACCAAUGGAGUAGUAAGAGGAGGUGGCGCAUACUAUCUUAUCUCAAGAAGUCUAGGUCCAGAGUUCGGCGGAUCUAUAGGACUUAUCUUUGCUUUUGCAAACGCUGUGGCGGUUGCUAUGUACGUAGUUGGAUUUGCUGAAACGGUCGUAGAGCUUCUUAAGGAGAGUGAUUCAAUAAUGGUAGAUGAGUCCAAUGAUAUCAGAAUAAUAGGUACCAUAACUGUUAUAUGUCUUCUUGGCAUCUCUGUUGCUGGCAUGGAAUGGGAAGCAAAGGCUCAAGUUAUUCUUCUAAUUGUUCUCCUUAUUGCCAUUGCAAACUUCUUUAUUGGGACAGUCAUUCCUACCAACAACGAAAAGAAGGCAAAAGGCUUUUUUAAUUACCAAGCAUCAAUAUUUGCAGAAAACUUUGGACCAGAUUUCAGAAGUGGAGAAGGAUUUUUCUCAGUGUUUGCCAUCUUUUUCCCAGCUGCAACUGGCAUUCUUGCAGGAGCCAACAUCUCAGGAGAUCUGAAAGACCCGCAGGGUGCGAUACCCAAAGGAACAAUGCUGGCCAUUCUGAUCACAACAGUUGCUUACAUAGCCGUUGCGGUAUGUGCAGCCUCCUGUGUUGUACGAGAUGCUACUGGGAACAUCAAUGAUACAGUUAUACCUGGGAUGAGUUGCAAUGGAUCAUCUGCCUGCAACCUAGGCUAUGAUUUUUCCAGAUGCAGAAGUCAGCCAUGUGAUUAUGGGCUGAUGAAUAAUUUUCAGGUGAUGAGUAUGGUGUCUGGCUUCGGUCCUCUCAUCACAGCUGGCAUCUUUUCUGCUACUCUGUCAUCAGCUCUGGCAUCUCUGGUCAGCGCACCCAAAGUUUUUCAGGCUCUUUGCAAGGACAAUGUCUACAAAGGACUCCACUUCUUUGCCAAAGGAUACGGAAAAAACAACGAGCCAAUCAGAGGAUACGUACUCACUUUUGUGAUUGCUAUGGCAUUCAUUUUGAUUGCUCAACUGAACACCAUUGCUCCCAUCAUCUCCAAUUUCUUCCUGGCUUCAUAUGCUUUGAUUAAUUUCUCCUGCUUUCAUGCCUCAUACGCAAAAUCUCCAGGUUGGAGACCUGCAUUCAGGUAUUAUAACAUGUGGAUAUCCCUUUUUGGAGCCCUGUUGUGCUGUGGCGUUAUGUUUGUCAUCAACUGGUGGGCAGCUCUCAUCACUUAUGUCAUCGAACUCUUUCUAUAUAUUUAUGUAACAUAUAAGAAACCAGAAGUAAACUGGGGCUCUUCCACACAGGCUCUUUGCUAUAUUAAGGCCUUAGACAGUGCACUGGCAUUAGCUACAGUGGAAGAUCAUGUGAAAAACUUCAGACCCCAGUGCAUAGCAUUAACAGGAGCUCCUAUGAUCAGGCCUGCUCUGCUCGACAUCACACACACUUUCACAAAGAACAAUGGUCUGUGCAUCUGUUGUGAAGUGUACACGGGACCACGCAAGCUGUGUGUUAAGGAGAUGAACAGUGGCAUGGCAAAAAAGCAGGCCUGGCUUACAAAGAACAAAAGAAAAGCCUUUUAUGCAGCAGUGGCAGCUGACAGCUUCAGAGAUGGAGUCAAAAGUCUCCUUCAAGCCUCAGGAUUGGGUAGAAUGAAACCAAAUACUUUGGUGAUUGGAUUUAAGAAGGACUGGAGAAGUGCUGCUGUCACACAAGUUGAAAACUAUGUGGGUGUUAUACAUGAUGCCUUUGAUUUUGAACUUGGCAUGAUUAUUGUCAGAAUUAGCCAAGGAUUUGAUAUAUCUCAGGUCCUCCAGGUUCAAGAGGAAUUAGAGAAGCUGGAGCAGGAGAGAUUGGUACUGGAAGCUACAAUUAAAGAAAAUGAAUUUGAAGAAGAAAGAAGUGGCAUCUGUGGAUUCUUCAGAAAAGCCAGAAAACUCAAUAUCACAAAACAUGAAACAAAAAAUGAAAGCACCAUUAAUACAGUACAGUCAAUGCAUGUGGGAGAAUUCAAUCAGAAGCUUCUAGAAGCCAGCACUCAGUUUAAAAAGAAACAAGGAAAAGGCACAAUUGACAUUUGGUGGCUAUUUGAUGAUGGAGGUCUAACAAUCCUAAUUCCUUACAUUCUAACUAUCAGGAAGAAGUGGAAAAAUUGCAAAUUAAGGAUCUUCACUGGAGGAAAAGUCAAUAGGAUCGAAGAAGAAAAACUAGUGAUGGCUUCGCUUCUAAGCAAAUUUAGAAUAAAAUUUGCUGACAUUAAUAUCAUUUGUGACAUCAAUAUGAAACCCAACAAAGAGAGUUGGAAAUUCUUUGAAGAGAUGAUUGAACCCUAUCGUCUCCGUGAAAGCUGCAAAGAUAUAACAACUGCUGAGAAAUUAAAGCGAGAGACUCCAUGGAAAAUUACCGACGCAGAGCUGGAAGCAUUCAAAGAAAAGAGUUAUCGCCAAGUUCGUUUGAAUGAACUCUUACAAGAGCACUCGAGGGCAGCUAACCUCAUUGUCCUGAGUCUGCCAGUGGCAAGAAAAGGAGUAGUGUCCGAUUACCUGUAUAUGGCUUGGCUAGAAAUUCUCUCAAAGAACCUUCCUCCAAUCUUAAUGGUCAGGGGCAACCACAAGAAUGUACUGACUUUCUAUUCUUAAAUCUGCAAAUAAAUACUGCUUCCAAAUGGCACGGUCAUAGUUACUAGCAAACACAAAGCAGAAUGAAUGAAAAUCAAAUGCACCAACUUGGAGGAGAGAAAAAAACUAUGGUAUCCAUUAGGUCAGAGCCAUAAAGUGACAUAAAGCAAGCAGAAUACCCACGACGCUGUUUAAUUAUAAUAUUGCCAAAUUAAAACCUAUGCCUAGAGCAGAUGCCUUUACCUAAAUUGUAAUGCUAAUUUAAUGCAAUGUUAAUUCAAAUGCUUCUAAUUAACUUGCAAACAAAAAAAGUUGCAUAGAUAACGAGAUGGAUUCUAUAUGACAAGAGCUGAUAAUGAAUUUUCAAGCUCUGACAUGGACUGGAAUGUAUGAUUGCAGUAACUAAAGGUGGUAUGUAAAUUUCAAAAGGAAAUUAGGGAGCUACUAAAUAUUCAGACAAUUUUUGCUAUUAAUGUUACGAGUUAAGAAAAUCUGAGAUUAUACUUCGGGAUAAUAUAUACAGUGAUUCAUGCAAGUGAUUAGAGAACAAAAUAAAUUUGAUUAGCUGAGUUGAA